CUUCAGUUUGAGUUUAGUCCCCACCACUGUCUCUUUUCUCUUUCUUAGUCCUCACUUUGAAAUCUUUUCAGUGAGUUUCGGAAGAGAGAGAAAAAUAUAUAUUUAUUAUUAUUUUUAUAGUGAGAGAGAGAAAGAGUCCCUACCAAAGCUCGAAACUUUAGAGUGAGGGUGGGAAAUAUUUGAAAGAUAUAUAUUUUUUUGUAGCGAUUCUCGGGUCUGUUUCUGGUCAGCAGCUUUCGUGUUUGGAUGAGUUGAAGGUCACCACAUACCAAUGGCUGCACCAGUUAACAUAGUGUUAGGCUCUCAUGUAUGGGUUGAAGAUCCUACUUUGGCUUGGAUUGAUGGAGAAGUUACGCGGAUCAAUGGCUUGGAGGUUCACGUUCAUACCACAAAUGGAAAAACAGUAAUCACAGAUAGCAUGAAUGUUUUUCCAAAGGAUACCGAAGUUCCACCUGGAGGGAUAGAUGAUAUGACAAAACUAUCAUAUUUGCAUGAACCUGGAGUUCUGGAAAACCUGGCCAUUAGAUAUGAACUUAAUGAAAUCUAUACAUACACUGGAAAUAUUCUGAUAGCAGUCAAUCCAUUUCAACGAUUGGAUCAUCUUUAUGAUACUCACAUGAUGGCACAAUAUAAAGGAGCUCCUUUUGGAGAACUAAGCCCUCAUGUUUUCGCGGUUGGAGAUGCUGCAUACAGGGCAAUGAUUAAUGAGGGAAAAAGUAAUUCCAUUUUGGUAAGUGGAGAGAGUGGUGCUGGUAAAACUGAGACAACAAAGAUGCUCAUGAGAUAUCUUGCCUAUUUGGGUGGCCACUCGGGAGUGGAAGGAUGUACUGUUGAACAACAAGUUUUGGAGUCCAACCCAGUGCUUGAAGCAUUUGGCAAUGCCAAAACAGUUAGAAAUAACAACUCAAGUCGUUUUGGAAAAUUUGUUGAAAUUCAAUUUAAUAAGUAUGGGAGGAUAUCUGGUGCUGCUAUCAAAACCUAUCUGCUUGAAAGGUCUCGGGUUUGCCAAAUUUCUGAUCCAGAGAGAAACUACCAUUGUUUCUACCUUCUUUGUGCUGCACCAAAAGAGGAUAUUGAGAAAUAUAAAUUGGGUAGCCCCAAGUCUUUCCAUUAUUUAAAUCAGUCCAAAUGUUAUGAGCUGGAUGGGGUGAGUGAUGGUGAUGAAUAUCUUGCUACUAGAAGGGCGAUGAGCAUUAUCGGAAUCAGUGAAGAGGAGCAGGAGUCAAUAUUUAGAGUUGUAGCUGCAAUACUUCACCUUGGUAAUAUCAAUUUUUCCAAAGGGGAGGAAAUAGAUUCCUCAGUCAUCAAAGAUGAUGAAUCGAGAUAUCAUCUUAAUGUGACCUCAGAACUUCUUCGAUGUGAUGCCCAGAGCUUGGAAGAGGCUCUCAUUAAACGAGUAAUGGUGACUCCAGAAGAAGUUAUCACAAAAACUCUCGACCCUGAUAAUGCGAUUAAUAGCAGGGAUGCACUAGCUAAGACAUUAUAUUCUCGCUUAUUCGAUUGGCUGGUGGACAAAAUCAACAAUUCAAUUGGGCAGGAUCCAAACUCAAAUUCAAUAAUUGGAGUCCUUGAUAUUUAUGGCUUUGAAAGUUUUAAGUGCAAUAGUUUUGAGCAGUUUUGUAUCAACUUUACAAAUGAAAAACUACAACAACAUUUUAAUCAGCAUGUGUUUAAAAUGGAACAAGAGGAAUACAACAAAGAAGAAAUAGACUGGAGCUAUAUUGAGUUUAUCGAUAACCAAGAUGUGCUGGAUCUAAUUGAAAAGAAACCUGGAGGAAUUAUAGCACUCUUAGAUGAAGCCUGCAUGUUUCCAAAGUCCACUCAUGAAACUUUUGCACAGAAGUUGUAUCAGACUUUCAAAAAUGAGAAACGAUUUAUAAAGCCAAAGCUUUCUCAGACUGAUUUUACUAUAUCACACUAUGCGGGCGAGGUAACUUAUCAAGCCAAUCAGUUUCUAGACAAGAACAAAGAUUAUGUCAUUGCUGAGCAUCAAGCUUUGCUAACAGCCUCAAAUUGCUCAUUUGUGGGUGGUCUGUUUCCCCCACUUCCAGAAGAUUCGUCAAAGUCAUCCAAAUUUUCUUCCAUUGGAUCGCGCUUUAAGCUACAACUUCAGUCUUUGAUGGAAAUCUUGAGUACAACAGUACCUCAUUACAUUAGAUGUGUGAAGCCAAACAGUGUCCUGAAACCUGCUAUAUUUGAGAAUCUUAAUAUUAUUCAACAAUUGCGAUGUGGUGGUGUCCUUGAGGCAAUCAGGAUUAGUUGUGCUGGCUAUCCUACUAGACGCACAUUUUAUGAUUUUGUAAAUCGUUUUGGUCUUUUGGUUCCUGAAGUUUUAGAAGCAAAUUAUGAUGACAAGGUUGCAAGCCAAAUGAUUCUUGAUAAAAAGGGAUUGAAAGGAUACCAGAUAGGCAAGUCAAAGGUCUUCCUCAGAGCAGGUCAGAUGGCUGAGCUGGAUGCUAGGAGGACAGAAGUACUUGGAAAUGCUGCUAGAACAAUUCAACGACAAAUUCGUACCUUCAUUGCUCAUAGAGAAUUUGUUACAUUGCGCAAAGCUGCAAUUCAGUUGCAAUCCCGUUGGCGAGGUAAAAUCGCAUGCAAACUGUAUCAGCACUUGAGACAAGAAGCUGCAGCAUUGAAGAUCCAGAAGAAUUUCAAGCAAUAUAGAAUCACAAAAUCCUACAGAAUACAACGGUCCUCCGCAAUAAAAUUGCAGGCAGGCAUAAAAGCAAUGCUUGCACGUAAGGAGUUCAGAUUCCGAAAGCAAACAAAGGCUGCUGUCAACAUUCAGGCUCAUUGGCAUUGCUACCGAGCUCAUUCUUACUAUAGAAGUCUACAAAAGGCUGUGGUUGUGACUCAGUGUGAAUGGAGAUGCAGAGUUGCAAGAAAAGAGCUCAGAAAGCUCAAAAUGGCUGCCAGAGAAACAGGGGCUCUUAAAGAAGCGAAGGACAAAUUGGAAAAGCGUGUUGAGGAGCUUACUUGGCGGUUACAAUUGGAGAAACGGUUGAGGACUGAUCUCGAGGAGUCAAAAGCUCAGGAAAUUGCAAAAUUGAAGGAUAUUUUGCGUGCAAAAGAUCUACAAGUAGAAGAAGCAAACGCCUUGGUUAUUAAAGAGCGAGAGGCAGCUAAAAAAGCUAUUGAAGAAGCACCUCCUGUCAUUAAGGAGAUCCCAGUUUUAGUACAAGAUAUGGAAAAGGUUGAAUCCUUGACCACUGAAGUUGAGAAGUUGAAGAUGUUACUAGCAUCCGAAGCACAGAAAUAUGAGAAGGUCAUUGAGGGUUAUGCUGCUGAACAAAUCGCGUAUGAGAAAUUGGCUACGAAGCUGGAACUUGCGAAGAUGAAAGAAGAUGAGUUUGAAGAUUCAUUGCAGAGGCUUCAAGAGACGGUAUCUAAUUUAGAAUCAGAGAACCAGGUACUCCGGAAACAGGCCCCAUCUAUCUCACCCACUGGUCAAACUUCAUCUGCAAGAAAGUCAAAAAUUAUUCUGACGACGAUACAAAAUGGGCAUGCUGGCAAAGUAGAAAUGAGAGAAAACCCGAUGAUGGUAGAGAAUGGGCAUGCUUACAAUGUAGAAAUGAGAGAAAACCCGACGACGGUAGAGAAUGGGCAUGCUGACAAUGUAGAAAAGAGAGAAAACCCGAUGGUGGAGAAUGGUCAUGCUGGUAAUGGAGAAAUGAGAAGAAACCCGACCGUAGAGAAUGGGCAUGCUGAUAAUGAAGAAAUGAGAGAAAGUAGAUAUCUUAUAACAUGUAAUGGUCAGCAGUCUGAAACUGAAGAAAGCCCUCAGAAAUCUGCAAAUAAGAAGCAGCAGGCGAAUCAUGACCUGCUCAUUAAGUGUAUAUCCCAAGAUCUAGGUUUCUCUGGGGGUAGGCCUGUUGCUGCUUGUCUGAUAUACAAAUGCCUUCUGCAGUGGAAGUCAUUUGAGGUUGAAAGAGCCAGUAUUUUUGACAGUAUCAUUAAAAAUAUAGGCACAUUAGUUGAGAAGGCCCGUGGUAACAGUGAUGUGCUAUCUUACUGGCUGUCUAAUACAUCCACAUUGCUUUUACUCCUCCAACGCACACUACGAGCUACUGGAGUUGCCGGCUUAACUCCACAACGUCGAAGGAUGCCAACUUCUCUGAUUGGGAGGAUGUCUCAAGGCCUUCGUGCAUCUCCACAGAGUGCUGGUUUCUCCUUCUUCAGUAAUCGGGUACUUGGUGGAGUGGAAGAAGUUCGGCAUGUCGAACCCAGAUAUCCAACUUUGCUUUUCAAGCAGCAACUUAUAGCUGUUCUUGAGAAUAUAUAUGGAAAACUGAGAGACAAUUUGAAAAACGACAUCACCCCGUUUAUUGGGUUGUGCAUCCAGGCACCGAGGUAUGGAACAACUCGGGCUGGUGUGUUGCAGGGGCAUUCACAAGCUAAUUCUGAAGCGCAACAAGCUGUAAAUGCUCACUGGCAGAGCAUUGUGAAUACCUUAAAUAACUACUUGAUGAUCAUGAAAGCCAAUUUUGUACCUCCAUUGCUGAUCCGCGAAUUGUUCGCUCAGAUAUUUUCAUUUAUCAAUGUUCAGUUGUUUAACAGCCUUCUCUUGCGACGUGAAUGUUGCUCAUUUAGUCAUGGGGAGUAUGUCAAAGCAGGGUUGAGUGAGUUGGAACAGUGGUGUCAUGGUGCAACCGAGGAGUUCACAGGGUUUGCUUCAGAUGAACUGAAACAACUCAGACAGGCAGUUGGUUUCCUGGUCAUACAUCAGAAGCCCAAUAAAUCAUUGACAGAUAUCUCAAAUGAUCUUUGUCCUGCUCUCAGCAUUCAGCAGUUGUAUAGAAUCAGCACAAUGUACUGGGACGACAAAUACGGUACACAUAGCGUGUCUUCUAGCGUAAUCUCACGUAUGAGAGCUAUGAUGAAUGACGACAAUGGCAACCCGCGCAGGCAUUCUUUCUUAUUGGACGAUAACUCGAGAAUUCCUUUUACUGUGGAAGACAUUUCCAAGUCCAUGGGCGCGGGUGAAAUUGAAGUAGCUGAUUUUGAGCCUCCACCUUUGCUUCGAUAUAACUCAGAAUUCGCUUUUCUGCUACAACGUUCGGGUGAUUGAAUGUUUCCAGUUUCAAUCCCAGAACAUUAGUGUUACUACUAAAACAUUUGGUUUCAUUAGCAUUUGUCAUUAUACAGUGUCACAAUUCGAACAUACAGAGCCUCACUUGUGCUCCUUGUGAUAUCAUUUUUACUUUUGGUUUGUAUCAAAAAACUACAGCCGGUUUUAGGCAGAUAGCCGCAUUUUAUUGGCUAUGGUCUACUGUUGUAUCAAAUGUAUCUCUGUGAAUGUAGGCUUAGGCUUCUUUAUGCCUUUUAGAGAUACAUUUUAUGAUGUAGAAACUUGAUUUGAUACAUCCAUGUUGGCAAAUGGCUAAUGAAAUAUCUUUUUUACUA